AUGGACCAGAAGCCCGUCGUCACCGUCACGCUCAACCCGGCGGUCGAUAUCGCCACCGAUGUCGAAACCGUCCGGCCCGAUGUCAAACUGCGGUGCGGCCCCGCGCAGUUCGAUCCCGGCGGCGGCGGCAUCAACGUCUCGCGCGCCAUCGCCAAGCUCGGCGGACAAUCGACCGCGCUCGUCUCGUCGGGCGGGGCGACCGGCGAGAUGCUGACCGCGAUGCUGGCUGGCGAAGCCAUCGAUGCCGUGACGAUUGCCGCCGGCGGACAGACCCGACAGUCCUUCACCGCGCGCGAGACGACCACCGGCCGGCUCUACCGUUUCGUGCUGCCGGGACCGGACUGGAAACCGGAUACGGAACACGCGCUGCUGACGAUGCUGGAGGCGCACUGCGCGCCAGGCGCGCUCUUUGUCGUUUCCGGCAGCCUGCCGCCCGGCGCCGACCCGUCCCUGAUCGAGCGCAUGCACGAGACGGCUUCGCGUGGCGGCGCUUUGCUGAUCGCCGACACGUCCGGUCCCGUGUUGCAGGCGCUGUGCGCGCGAACCGGCACGCCGCUCCACACGCUGCGCAUGGACAAGGAUGAGGCGCUCACCGCAUCCGCCCGACCGCUCGAAACGCCGGACGAUUUCGCGGGCUACGGGGCAACACUGCUGGAAGCGGGCAUUGCCCGGCAUAUCGUUAUCGGGCUGGGCGCGCGCGGCUCCGUCGGCGUUUCGGCGGACGAACAGAUCCUCACCAGCAGACCGGUCGAGCAACCGCUCAGCGCGGUCGGUGCGGGCGACAGUUUCGUGGGCGCCUAUGCGCUUGCCAUCGCAAACGGCGAGGAUUUUGCGACCGCCCUCGUCCACGGCACGGCGGCGGCGGCUUCGGCGGUCCUCACGCCCGGCACGCAAUUGUGUGACGGCGAUUUGGCCGUCUCGUUCCGCGCCGAGGUUGCCACGACGCGGCUCUGA